AAAAUCCAAAUCCUCUGAGAAACAUGAAAGACUCUCUCUUUUGACAACUCACUUCAAUCCCACCACCAGUUUUUCUGUCCCUCCCAAAAUCCAGAGCCUUCUUCUUUUUCUUCUUCUUCUCCUCUCACUCUCAGUACCUGUCUGAACCAACACCAAGGUAAAAGCUUUGGUGUUGCAGAAAUGGCUACAGGAGCUGUGCCGGCUUCCUUUACGGGCCUGAAAAGCACUGAGACAAGAUUGGGGUUCACUAAAAGCAUGGAUUUUGUGAGGCUUUCUGAUUUGAAGCGAAUUAAGUCUGGGAGAACUAUAAUUUCAGUGAUAAGGAACUCGAAUUCUGGAUCAGAUAUUGCUGAAAUGAAGCCUGCAUCUGAAGGCAGCCCUUUGUUAGUUCCUAGACAAAAGUAUUGUGAAUCCAUACACAAAACUGUCAGAAGAAAGACAAGGACAGUGAUGGUCGGAAAUGUUGCUAUGGGAAGUGAGCAUCCCAUAAGGAUUCAAACCAUGACAACAAGUGACACAAAGGAUGUAUCUGCCACAGUUGAAGAGGUGAUGCGAAUAGCAGACAUGGGUGCAGAUAUUGUUCGAAUAACUGUUCAAGGCAAGAAAGAAGCAGAUGCUUGUUUUGAGAUUAAAAAUUCCCUGCUGCAGAAAAAUUACGAUAUACCUCUGGUGGCUGAUAUUCAUUUUGCUCCUUCUGUUGCAUUGCGAGUUGCUGAAUGCUUUGACAAAAUUCGUGUCAACCCCGGAAAUUUUGCUGAUCGACGCGCACAAUUUGAAAAGUUAGAAUACACUGAAGAAGACUAUGAGAAAGAGCUUGAGCACAUUGAGCAGGUCUUUACUCCAUUGGUUGAAAAAUGCAAGAAGUAUGGAAGAGCAAUGCGUAUUGGCACAAACCAUGGGAGUCUUUCAGAUCGUAUAAUGAGCUAUUAUGGAGAUUCACCUAGAGGAAUGGUGGAAUCAGCAUUUGAAUUUGCGAGGAUCUGUAGGAAGUUGGACUAUCAUAACUUUGUUUUUUCAAUGAAAGCAAGCAAUCCGGUUAUAAUGGUACAAGCUUAUCGUCUUCUUGUGGCUGAAAUGUAUGUUCAAGGCUGGGAUUAUCCAUUACACUUGGGUGUUACUGAAGCUGGAGAAGGUGAGGAUGGACGGAUGAAAUCUGCUAUUGGUAUCGGCACCCUUCUUCAGGAUGGUUUGGGUGAUACAAUUAGGGUUUCACUUACUGAAGCACCCGAGGAGGAGAUAGAUCCCUGCAAAAGAUUGGCCAAUCUUGGUAUGAGAGCAGCUAAUCUCCAGCAAGGAGUGGCUCCAUUUGAAGAGAAACACCGACAUUACUUUGACUUUGAGCGGCGAUCUGGUCAACUGCCAUUGCAAAAGGAGGGUGAUGAGGUGGAUUAUAGAGGGGUCCUCCAUCGUGAUGGCUCAGUUCUGAUGUCAGUCUCCCUUGAUCAGUUGAAGACACCAGAGCUUCUGUACAAGUCACUUGCUGCAAAACUUGUCGUUGGCAUGCCAUUUAAGGAUCUUGCAACAGUGGAUUCAAUCUUAUUGAGACAGCUACCACCUGUUGACGAUGAUCAUUCUCGCCUAGCUCUCAAAAGGUUGAUAGAUAUAAGUAUGGGUGUUAUAACACCAUUAUCAGAGCAGCUCACAAAACCAUUGCUAAAUGCCAUGGUUCUGGUAAAUACGAAGGAAUUAUCAACUGGUGCAUACAAGCUUUUGCCAGAAGGUACACGCUUGGUUGUCUCGGUACGUGGUGAUGAACCCUAUGAAGUUCUGGAACUUAUCAAAGGCCUGGAUGUUAUAAUGCUUCUCCAUGACCUGCCAUACAGUGAAGAAAAAAUCAGCCGAGUGCAUGCAGCAAGGAGGCUAUUUGAGUACUUGGGAGAUAAUGGCCUAAACUUUCCUGUAAUACACCAUAUUCAGUUUCCAACUGGGAUACACAGGGAUGACUUGGUUAUUGGUGCUGGUACCAAUGCAGGAGCUCUUCUAGUAGAUGGGCUCGGAGAUGGCCUCCUAUUAGAAGCCCCGGACAAGGAUUUUGAGUUCAUUAGAAACACAUCUUUCAAUUUGCUACAAGGUUGUAGAAUGCGGAACACAAAGACGGAGUAUGUCUCAUGCCCAUCAUGCGGAAGAACGUUGUUUGACCUCCAAGAAAUUAGUGCACAAAUACGAGAGAAAACAUCACACUUGCCUGGUGUUUCAAUCGCAAUCAUGGGUUGCAUCGUAAACGGACCUGGGGAGAUGGCUGAUGCAGACUUUGGGUAUGUUGGUGGGGCUCCUGGGAAGAUAGACCUUUAUGUCGGGAAGACCGUGGUGAAGCGUGCAAUAGAGAUGGAGCAUGCAACUGAUGCCUUGAUCCAGCUUAUAAAAGAUCAUGGUCGCUGGGUUGAACCUCCUGUAGAAGAGUGAGUAAAAGCUGAAAAAUGCUAAUGCACACAGGGGAAUAAGAGGAAGGUCGUCCUCUAUAUGUUGUUUCCUAAGUUCUCAUAGUUAAAAUUAAUACAUGAUUACAUGGUGACAGGAGCAUAGAAAGAUUCGUGUAAAAUGUUCUUCACCUAGUAUACAAAACUACAGUGUAAUUCUCCCAUUAAUAAUCCAAAAGAUUAGGGUUUAGACAUUUUGUUAGAUGGUGCAAAUUAUAUCUCAUAACACAGGCUAUUGAUUUCAGUUAAA